UCAAGGUUGGCCUACAAAAACACGUCAUGCCCGCAGCACUGCAGUCUAACUAACUGCCCGCGCUCUCGGCCAAUGAAAAUAGCCUUUGGACACGCCCAUUCCCGACCUGCAGAGAGCGCUGUCUCAGAGACAUGGAGAUGAGGUUUGAUAAAUCUGUGAAUCUCGGUGCUAUUUAGGAUCCAGGGUACAGGGUUCGGUUUGUCCCCCCCAUACAGUCUCGUGCAGCUUGUAACGGCGACGGUUUUCCGACGAGUGACGUAAUCGAUUUGGCCCGCAAAUAUAGGGUUGCACGCGAGCUCAUUACCGCAAGCAUCGAUCAGGAUGGCCGGAGCGAGAGCGAGCGGAGGCUGUCAGAAAAUCCGCGGCGCUCAGCUGCUCGAACUUCUCGAGUCCAAGCACGACGUGCUGUUCGACUGCGACGGUGUGAUCUGGAACGGAGAGACGGCGGUGGCGGGAGCUCCCGAGGCGGUGCGCGCGCUGAAGCAGCGCGGGAAGCGGGUGUUCUUCGUCACUAACAACUGCACCAGGCCGAGGCAGAGCUACGUGCAGAAGUUCGAGCGGCUCGGAUUCGCCGACGUGAACGAGCAGGAGAUCUUCAGCUCGGCAUACUGCUCGGCUGCGUACCUGCGCGACGUGGCCACUCUCACCGGCAAGGUGUUUGCCAUCGGCUGCCCCGGCGUGCACACCGAGCUGCGGGAUGCCGGUAUCGCCGUGGUCGAGGAGGAAGAGGACGGACCGGACGUCAACAUUUCCAACUGCGCACUGGACCCGGACGUGCGCGCCGUGCUCGUGGGCUACGACGAGAAAUUCAGCUUUAUGAAGUUGGCCAAAGCCUGCUGCUACUUGCGGGACUCCGAGUGUUUGUUUCUGGCCACUGAUCCCGACCCCUGGCACCCGCUGCGUGGAGGAAGAAUCACACCAGGUUCUGGGAGUCUCACUGCAGCUUUGGAAACAGCCAGCAGCAGGAAGGCCACGGUGAUCGGCAAACCGAGUCGUUUCAUGUUCGAGUGUAUCGCCAGCCAGUUCGAUUUAGACCCAGAGAGCUCUUUGAUGGUAGGCGACCGCUUAGAGACUGAUAUCGUCUUUGGCGUUAACUGUGGCCUUUCUACAGUGCUCACACUAACGGGCGUCUCGACCUUCGAGCAAGCGCAGGUAUACAAGGACAGUGACGAGGCAGAGAAGAAGGACUUUGUGCCCGAUUAUGUGGUGGAGAGCAUCGCAGAUUUCAUGGAGGCUUUGGAGGAGUAGGGAAAUAAAGGACAGGGCAGUUAUGAACACUGUAAUAAACCCCAGAGCGCACAGCUUUUGCCUGGUACCCAAAACAGUCAUUACUGUAUGUCCAAUGCUGUUGUUCAUGGUGUACAGUUAUACGCACGUGUCCUCAUGGUUGGAGUUCUGUUUAUCAUUACUGCAUCUGAUGACACGGACGUAUCAUGUGUUUAAAGUACUUGAAUGAAUAAUGAGCAGAUUUUGAAAGGAGUAGCUUAGCCAAACAAAAAGGUGCCAUUUUUCCUUACCCCAGAUGUUGUCGAUCAUGUUUAAUGUACCUGAGUUUGCUUCUUUAUUUUGUGAGGGGUAAAUUUAACUAACAAGUAAGGGAAGCUUAGCCGUAGCUGGGGCUUGUAUUUCCAGCUGCUUAUACAGGGCUGCUUGAAUGUAGAAUUUUCUACAUUUCUGCAUAAAUAUGACUUACAACAUAAUCAAAUUUUCAUUUCCUAAAAUUAGACAGAGAGAUCCCAAUUUAAAAAUAUUAUACUUAAUAUUUUCUUGAUCCAAUAUUACAUAUCUGUGAGUGGCAAAAGUAUGUGCACCUGUGCUGUCAUUCUCUGGUGUGAUCCCCUUGUGCAGCAAUAACUGCAGAUAAAUGUUUGGGGUAACUGUUGAUCUGGGAUGUUGGUGGGUUUCCUUACAUGAACUGUUUGCUUCAGGUUCUUCCACAACAUUCCUAUUAGAUUAAGGUCAGGACUUUGACUUGGCCAUUCCAAAACAUUAACUUUAUUCUUCUUUAACCGUUCUUUUGUAGAAUGAUUUGUGUGUUUAGGCUCGUUGUCUUGCUGCAUGACCCACUUUCUCUUGAGAUUUACAUCACGGACAGAUGUCUUGACAUUUUCCUUUAGAGUUCGCUGAUAUCAUUCAGAACUCAUUGUUCUGUAAAUGAUUGUAUGCCUCCCUGGCCCAUAUGCAGCAAAAUGGGCUCAAACCAUGAUACUACCACCACCAUGUCCUCAGAGAUCUCCUUUGUUCCUGCCAUGAUACACUUCCACCUGUGAAGAUCAGACUUUGGUAGAUCCCUGUUCUUUAAAUAUAACCGGGCACUCACUCGUACCUGAUUGUCAUCCCACUGAUUGAAAACACCUGACUCUUAAUUUCUCCUUCAAAUUAACUGUUAAUCCUAGACAUUCACAUAAUUUUGCCUCUCACAGAUAUGUAAUAAUGGAUAAUUUCUCAAUACAUAAAUUACCAAGUGUAAUAUUUUUGUCUCAUUUGUUUAACUGGGUUCUUCUUGUCUACUUCUUUAGUACUUAUGUGAAAAUCUGAUGUUUUAGGUCAUAUUUAUGCAGGAAUAUAGCAAAUUCUAAAGGGUUCACAAACCUUCAGGCACCACUGUAUCCCUAUAGAUGUUUUCAAUUCUAUGCGUAUUCAAGUAAAGGAACUGGUUAUGUAGAAAUGAGGGGUGUCGGAUUGGACUGGAAGACCCAAACCAAUCAUGGCUUAAACCUCAUCAGCUGACUACACAACUUCACGAAAUUACAUUCAAAUGGAAUUAUAUCAAAUCAAAUAUGAAUAUAAAAAGCAAAAGGUUGUUUCAGACCUGCCUGAAGAUUAAUAAUGAGAAGAUUAAAAGCAAGGGCAAAAAGAUUCCUAACGUGAGAGAGUUGAAAGGGGGCGGAGCUUCCAGUGGGUGACGGUUAAUAUUGGCGAGUUCAAAACGACUAAACAACUGAAUAUGAAUCAUUCCAGAUUGACUCAUCUUCUGUGUUCACUGGGCAGGAAAAAGACGUUGAAGAUUGCCAGGUCUGUUAUUUGUUUCUGGAUCAAUGAGCAUAAAAAUGCUUCAACUUUUGAGACGUGAUCUGGCAACCUUUUGUUUGAUGUACACACACUUUUUUUAAUUAUGAUGCAGUGGAGUGGUGAGUGUUGCAGUGCAAUGAAAAAGCAAAACCAACACUACAGUGUCUGUGGACUGUGUUAAAAGGGUAAAUUUACGAGUUUCACCACUGUACUGCACUUCCAUUAGUUCUUUACAUGAGUAGGAAACCAGCUACCUCACAUGACUUGUCCUGCUGUAUGUUUUCACUCUGCAAAGCACCCAGCAUUGCUUAUUUAGCAUCGUGCGACUUUCUUGUAAGGAAUAUUGAGCCAAACGAUGGCUUAGUAAAAUUGUAUGUGCAUACAGUGUUAUAAACUAAUCAGAAGUCCACAUAAAAAAAAUAAAAAAAAAUACAAAUCAACAGGGACCAUACCUGAGACAAACUUUGUGAUUAGAUAGAAAGUGAUUCUGCUGCUGAUUUUGUCGAAUUUUUUAUUUUUAUUUUAUUUUUUUAAGACAAGCAGGCUGAUCGGCUUCAUCUGGGUGUGUGGAAAAGUUUUACUUUCAUCUAAACUAUUCCUUUCAGUGUUUUAGGGACAUUCUGCAGGUGGUCAUGCAACACCGCAUCAUCCCAGCUGUAAUUAUUAGAAAGCAUGGCAAACGUAAUCCCAUUAACGAAGAAACUCUUUGUGGCGAUGAAGAAACGGCAUGCCAUACACGCACAAAGAAAACGAAAUAUAUCUGUCAAUAAAUUAUUGUGUAUGUUACAACAUUUAGAACUGGAAUUUUCCGGUAAAACCUCCUGCCCAGCAACAGAUGCUCUUUUGAAAAUGUUAUUUAAUUGUAUAAUAAAACCUACUGAAGUGUAACUUCUAGAGAAUGUACUGUAGUCAGACUGUGCUUUUAUUUGUUUGUUUGUUUGUUUGUUUGUUUGUUGAUUUCUGCACGUGUGUAGUGAAUUAAUUUAUACCACAGCACCAUGAAAGUCUCCGUUCUGAUCGGUCAGAAGGUGUCGAUUCAUAUAAUUUUCUAUAAGGACGGCUCUGAAAGUAGUUCCAGCUGCGAGGUUAAUAUUAAUGUGUGAUUGUUUCUAUAGUAACAACUUAUCCAGUCAUUUGUAUGAUGGAUGCAACGUAUAAUUGAUUUUUACAAUUGUUCAUCUGGUGACGUUUUCUGUAGGGAGAUGUUUGGUUUAGCAUUUUUGUAAGGAGUCUCCAGUGUCAGUGCUUUUGUAAUGAGAAGUUAAGCUGUAAUUUUAAGUUUUCUGACAUGGGAAAGGACUUUGCAGUUUGUCAGUCCGUACAGGAUUUCGUUGAGGGUUUUUUUUUUUUUGGUGAUUUGUUGCGGCCAAAAACGCUCGAUUUUGCUGCGGCUUUUUUCAAAACGUUUGACGCAAUUUGUGGAGUUUUUUGUGCUUUCUUGCAGAAAACUACUUGAAUUGGCGAAAUUGCAAUUGCACAACAUUGUUUUGUCUUUCACAGUGAUGUUUGUCGGUAAAUGAGAACUUUUGACUGAAAGUGCGUUGUGAUGGUCACAUGAUGCGUCUUGACCUAAAUCUGCGGUUCAUUCUGAAAAAUUGCAAGCUCCUCAGAAUAUUGCGGCGUUUGCUUAGUUUUUGCAUUAAUUUCUGUGAUCGCAAAAUCAUGAAAUCCUGGAGGGACUGAUUCAUAGUCUGCUAUUAACAUGAGAACCUGCGUUGUAUUUUUGUUUUUGUUUUUUUUUGGGGGGGGGGCAGUUGGGUCUUCUUAACUGCACGAGAUCCUGUUGACAGAACGACAGUUGUUUAUAGCUGCUAUAGUGUAAGUAAUGACAGGAACACCUAAUUUGUUUUGAUAAGUGCAUAAAAAGUAUGAUGUGUUGUUGACUAAUACAUAAAAAUUGUAUGAUUGGUAAAUUACUGUGGUGAAAUGGGAAGAAAACACUUCAGGAUGUGCUUUUAUUGCAAAAUAAUCAGCUUCAGGAUGGUGGUCACGUCGUCCUGCAGUGUUUUGUUCCUUACAUAACAUUGUGCAGCGUCUCCCUAGCUUUAGUUGCUCACAUAAAAUUGAGAAUAAUUCUUUCUUAUACAUUUUACUUAAGUGACAAUCAGUUUAAUUUCUAACUCAACUGGUUAAGUUGCAUCCCAGGUUAUAUCUAGCGCUCAGUACAUGUUCUGUUGUCUAUGUGGGUUCUGCAAUGGUAGCAGCUGUGUAUUUGUGUUGCCAUAUUGCUCCAGUUUAAUGAACAUGAAGUCAAUGCGGUCUGUGACAUGUAGCUGAAGUUUAUAUUGUAAUCUCUUUUCUAGCAGCUCUUCCUGUAUGGUGCAGUACGUGUCAUCCCAAAUGACGUUAGCUCUAAAAUUAAUUCUAGUAAGAACUUUCUGAAGCUGCCAUUUGGGAUUUACCAAUUAUUAGUGCAAGUUAAGUGUUAGUGUAAUUUUUUUCCCCCUGUAAAUAAAUAAAUAAAUAACCUUAGAUAUUAGCCUGGAAGCUUAGUGACAAUUUUUUGUUGUGACCUUCCAGAAAAUACCGUCGUAUUUAUUUAAAAAAUAAUAAUAAUAAAAUUUCACACCACGUUCUUGGUUUAUCUCGAUUAUUUUAUCCAGUCUGAUGAAGUGUUUUUAAUUUCCUGAUAACCUACAUCAUAAACCUACUGAACGUUUAGAUUUUUGCAUCAGUAAUGAGUGGAUGAAGUGGUAAUGCAAGUGUAAUUGGAACUCCGAUACCUGUAUUACUGUUAUUAUAAUAAUCAGUGGUUAGUGUUCAGUUCUAAACUGGACUUGUGAGACUAAUCUAGAGCUUGCGUGACUGUGUCCAUAUGUCUUUAGCUAGACUGGACAUUCUGUAACUGAUGAUGAUUUAAAAAAAAAAAAGUAAUGAAUUUAUUUAGUGCCAAACUCCGCUGUGAGAAUAACGUAUACAUGUUGUGAGCUGGUUUGGCAUUUCUGGUAGUAAAUUUUCUGUGGUGUAAAGUUGACUUUUUAAUAAAACAUUUCCCUCAUCUUGAAAUGCUCUUUUCUUUCUU